UUUCAGUUUUGAAAAUCUUCGAAGCGAGCAGACAGGUGGAGAGAACGGCCGUGCUGCCAUCGCGUUAGCUUGUCGAGUAUCCUCACGACUGCAGCAGGCACCUUCGUUCGGCGGGCUUUUCCGGACCUCCCGACUUCGAAGAAGCAUGGCUCGCCGCAGGUCGUCGUCCUCUGCGUCAUCCGUGCACUGCACCGUCCCAGAGCUGACACUCGAAGACUAUGACCCCAAGCCCGACGAGGAGCUGAUCUGCGUCAUCUGCCACUCUGUGCUGAGUGAGCCCGUCGAGUGCCACUGCCGGCACGUCUUCUGUCGCCGCUGCAUCUCCGAGUGGGUCCGCAAGAACAACAGCUGCCCCGUGUGUCGCAAGCGUGCCGUCUCGGCCUUCAUGCCUACCCUGCCUCUCGUACAAAACAUGGUCAACCGUCUCAAGGUAAAGUGCCGAAAUUCUGGCUGCGAUGCCCGUGUGCCUGCAGAAAAUUUUGUGAACCACGUGAAUGCAUGCGAGUUUCACGAGGUCAACUGUCCGCACGAGGCAUGCGAGCACCGGUGUCCACGUCGGGAGCUGGAAUCUCACGUGAAGCAGUGUCCGCUUCGCGAAGUCACGUGUGAGCGAGGCUGUGGACUUGUGCUGACACGAGACCGUCUCAAGACCCACAGCUGUGUGGAUGAGCUGAAGCGAAAGCUAGAUGAUGCCACAUCCGAGCGUGACGAUUGGAAACGCAAGGCCGAGGACACAACACAUGCUCUAAACAGGCUUCGUGACACUUUGCGCCGAUUGGGUGACACUGUGGAAGGCCUGCAGAACAGCCUAGGUGACCUUGGAACGCGGCUUCGUUGUGCCGAAACCAUGGCAGCAUCGGGCCAGCGUGGUCACCGGUCGGCCGUGGCACUGCGGACGGGUCGCACUAUGCGCGACAACUUCGUUGGUGGCAGCAGCUUGUAUCCGGGGGUUCUGUUCGGUACGCGAACGGCGCGACUUCUGGACGAGAUUGAAAGCGACUCCGAUCGUAGCUGGAGUCCACACUCCGAGGGCUCGCAUGAGUCACUCGAGAUCUUUGUUGAUUUUAACGCCUGAGCAUUGCAGUCCCAUAGGACUAGCUUAGACAACUGCUUGCAGUUUUAGAUGCGAAGUAUCUUAAGGCCGAGCUCAAUCCGGUGGUGUGCGGCGUGACCACCCUUACUGCGCAUGCGCAUACCCUCUCCACACACCUCCUCUCCACUCACCCUCUCCCCUUCACCUCUCCACUUUCCCUCUCCCCUCCCCCUCUCCCGUACCCCUCCCCCUUUCCACUCUUCCUCUGAAACGCGGGCUAGACAUGCCGAAAUUCUCUCGUACGCAACGCCGCGAUGAGCUCGAGCGCAUUCGCGUCCCCUCCCCUUCUCUCUCCUCUCCUAUGCUGCCCCCCUCUCGCCCGCCUGUUGACCGCGUUCCCCGCUCGCCCUGUGAGAAUUAACGGCCAGGUUAGAUGGAAGAUACGAUGCGCAUAGCGUCCCUCUUCGCGUUCCACGACGCGAGGUCGGCAGCAUGCCCAACGAACGCCAACGGAACGCGAUCGUGCAAGUGCUCCGGCUUCGCAUCGCCUCAUGGUCCCCUUUACAGAUUUAGAGUUUUGGCUUCAUCGAACUUUUGCAGUUGUUGUUGUAAAUGUGUGUUUGUUGAGUUGCAGUUAACAUGUUACUUUAGGUUUUUAUUCCAUUUAAUUUUUCUGUUACAUUUACCAUGUAUCACUGGCAACAAUUCGUACUUGGAGCUCCUGUUUGGCACCCUCACAAUGCUUAUUUCAACAGACUCAAAAGAAAAAAAAAAGAAGAAAAAUUAAGGCAGCUUUGCUCUUUAUUUCUUUCUUUGAUUCUCUUUCUCUCUCUCCUUUCUCUUUCUGCCUUUUGUUUUGUCUCAUUCUUUCUUACACAUCCUUAAUUUUUACGUAAGGCUCAAGAAACACUUGCAAAUGAAUUUUUCUCAAUGCAAACAUACUCUCUAAUGAAUAACUGUUGCAACAAGUGCUGCAGUUUUCUAUUAUUGCUAGGGAAGUGGGACAGCUGAAAAGCAUCAAGACAGCUUAUUGUUUAAAAUAUCAUUAGCCUGAAGCAGCAAAAAAAUGUUUCACAAUCUAGGCAUUUGCUUUGUCCAGAAGCAAUUUCUGUGUCACAAACCUUGUGCAAGCUUUGAAUUUUGUAUUGAUGCUUUCUUGACUUGAGCUCAGAGUUUGCUUUCUGUUACGAAUGCAAUGAAACAUCUCACGUAUAGUACUAGCGAAGAUGUUACAGGGGACUAGAGGCUAUCAGUGGACAGUGGCGCAACUGAAUGUGCACACUGGGUGUUUUUGCUUUACCAAUACGUGAAAGUGGUCAUCCAAAAAGCUUCGUGGGAUUUGGUUGUGGAAAAAAAAAACGGGCAUUACUUGUGAGAAAAGCCUUUGUGAAAUCUAGCUAAGUAUUCUUGCACACAUCAUUUUAAAAUUGUUGCUUUGGGAUGUUAAAGGGGCUGCUAUAAGAUGAGCAUUUGUGCAAGAGUGGUGGCCUAUCAGUUUAGAACAAAUAUGUAUUUUAUAUUCUCUCUCGGUAUUGUGCAUAGCUGUCUAUUACUCUGUGCUAGACAGCUAUGGCAUCCUGGCAUGCCACAUUACGACUGUUAAUUUCGGAAAACUGGAUUGCUGUUUCGCGUGGUUAUUUUGUAGACAUGGGCUUCAGUAGCAUUGACUCUCAAGUGAAGUAAUGCACGACAGGAUGUCACCACUCUCAGUGAUGGGAUGUGGAGGAUGUUUCAAGUGUUUCAUUUGCAUACCACAUCACAUCCUACUAAGAGAUUUCUUACUCCAGCCAGUGUCAAAUACUGAAUGCUCCUAGACACUGUUUACAUUAAUAUUCGAGAGAAAACUGGUUGCAUCUAAAUUUUUCUAAGCAUAGUGCAUACCUUGUUUUUUGAUUAGCAAAGACCACAAAUGAAGACAGGAGCAUUAGAAACACUUUUUUGCUGAAUGAUGAGGAAUAUGAGUCAGUGGUGCCAUCAUUGUGAAAGGCUGCCAGGGUUAAGGUAAUAAGCGAUGUUAAACAGACGCUACAGAGAAAUUUCUCUCGUAUUUGUAAGUUCCAAUUUCACAAUACCGAAAGAGCACCACUGUUACGGUGAGAAGAUGCUCAGUAAGAGAGGAAACUCGCAAUAUGAAAAUAAAGGUGGUGACGCUGCUUUGACGUUCCCUCACCAGCUUGCCAUGAUAUCGUAGAUUUUGAUUACUUCUGCUAGGGCCUAUGGAAUCGUUUUGUCGCAAAAAAUUAUUUAUAUUGUGUUCCAAGGCACCAAAAGCCUUAACAAGGCAAGUGUCAGAAAAUAUUGAACGUAUGUGGCCAAAAAUAUGCAAGAAAACUUUGGAAUUCCUGAUGUCAUUUCGAGGUAAUGGGCUGAAGUUUAGGUGUGAAAUUUAAAGAUGAAACUUUGACCUCCACUUUCUGUUCUAAUAAUUAACCUAUGAUGGUAAAAUUAAUAGCAAUACAGUCCUGAGAGAAUAAUUUCUGUCUAUACUGAUUGGAGGUUUCAAUUUAGUGCCUGUUUAAUUUUGCCAUGAUUUGAUCUUUGAACCUAUUGUACCAGUGUCCUACCCGUGACUUAGAAGAGCUAGUUUCUUGAUUAUUCUUUUUUGUUGUUGUUGAUGUGUUGAAGUCCGCUCUGGGUGGCACUUGCAACUGUAGCUUUGAACAAACUGUCAACUGCCCCUGUGCAAGCUUGAAUGUUGAAAGCUGUUUUCAUGCUUGUCAUUGCGGUUUCCCAAUGGUUCUGAGUAGUAUCUCCAUGCCUUUGUGAUAUAUCAUUCUCAAUGUAUUCUUUCGCUUUUUUUUGUUGUACACGUGCUUCGUUUAUUUAUUUAUUUUUUUUUUUGGAGCACUGAUGAUGCUCAAAGAGUACUUUACCUUCACUAGUGUGGAACAAGUCUGAGUAUUUGAAUGUGUGCAGUUGCUUCAGGGAAUUGUUGUCCUUUUGUUUGUGACCUACACUUGUUUUUCUAGGCAAGGUACUGUGCAAAAAACUGCAGCAUUUGAUUUUUUGUGCUAGUAUAAUUUCUAAUGGUUAGUACCAGUUUUGUUUUAAGCACUGGUGAGCCAUACAGACAAUGUACAGCUUGUUUUCAAAAGCGAUUCCUCAU